AGUACUACUACACUCUGCACUCUCUGUAUUUGCUUCUAGUAUUAGUACAAGUAGUUACGCAAGCGCGGAUCUAGCAGACGUGGCAUUACUACUACAGCUAGUCCGGUCUCGGUACUAGCCUGAUUUCUGGUUACGCGAGUGCCCGACUUGUCUCCUCCUCAUCUUCAUCCAUCUGUAACAACAAUAACAACAACAACAAUAAUUUGGUAAUCUCGGUCACGCCGCUUGUACACAUGCAAUACCAUCGGGAGAGAAAGAAGCUGUACAGAGCGUACCGCGCUUCGUUUGGCCAAGAGGCGACGCGUUCCGGUAUGUCCGGUCGCGGUGAAGACGAUGGUGAUACGCACUUCAGCAUGCUCAAGAGGAACAGGAAGGCGAAUUUCACGCCGAAAGAGAUUAACGCCCUGGAGAAAGUUUAUUCGGAGUACAAGGACGUGCUGUUCGGACGGCUCUCGCCGAACGUGACUCCGAUGGAAAGGGAGAGCGCUUGGCUGGAGGUCCUUAAGGCUGUGAACAGGGUGUCCGUGUGCGGUAGGACAUUGCAGGAGAUCAAAAUCAAAUGGAAGCAGCUGAAGCAAGUGAGGAGGACCAAAUAUUCUCUACCGGAGAAGCAACAAAGCGGGAAGGAAACACCAGCAGCAUCCACGUCGUCAUCCUCACUGUUGAAGCUGAAUAAUCCAUCUGGUAUGAAGAGUACAAAACUGCAGCCGAUAGCUCCAAAGCCGUCUCCUCAAACGAUAAAAAUCACCAGAGCGGCGGCGAUGCAGCAGCAGCUUCCGCCUCCGCCGCCGCCUCCACCGGAACAGGAAAAAGAACCGGACGAGGUAUGCCUUCGCUGGAACAGCCAUCACACCAACAUGAAAUCGAGCUUUCCGUCUCUGCUGGAAAGAGAGCAGUACGUCGACGUUACGUUGUGCUGCGAAGGAAAGACCAUCCGUUGUCACAAGUUGAUUUUGUCUUCGUGUUCUUCAUAUUUCGAUGAAAUCCUGAGCACCAUCACGCCGUUUCAACAUCCCGUUAUCUUUCUGAAAGGUACGCCGUUUUGGAUCCUAAAAUCGUUGAUCGAUUUUAUGUACGUGGGAGAGGUUCACAUUGAACAAUCGAAAUUGCAGGAAAUUCUUGAAGUCGCUGAAAUAUUGAAGAUCAAAGGAUUGACUGGUAAAAAGCCGCAGCAGAAUGGCGAAAAGAAGGACGAUAGAGCUAGUAGUAAUGAGUCAUCGUUGCAAAGCACUUCCAUUCCAAUUCCAGUAUCGAUUCCCACUCCGAUUAUGCCCAUGAAAGUUCUGAAAGCCAUGCCACCGCUGAGAUUGGCUGUAAACAAGGACGUGGAUCCGUUGUCGCUGCUGAAACCAACGUUCUUCGAAGAGCCCACCACUCUGAGAAAGAUUUUACCCAAAACUGAAUUAAGUCGAAAACAGUCUUUGGCUGCGGAGAGGAGCAAAGUGGAUGUGAUUCCUCCGAGACGCAUUCUACCUAAAAGGCGACUCAAGCGAAAAUCUUCAGAGCCCGAAGAACGCGAAGCAUCACCGCCACCUCUGGUGCUUCGCAAAGGAACGAAAUCAAGACCGGUCGUUAAAGCCCCGAAAUAUUACCACAUGGAAUACGACGAUCCAAACGAUAAGCUCAUGAAGUUGGAGGACGAACCGCGCGAAUCUGAACAUCACUUUGAUAUUGUCAAUGUUAAAUCUGAACCCAUCGACGAAGAUUUUGAUAUAGUCGAGAACGAAGUCGCUUUCGGCCAAUUAUCAACAACGCAGGAUAAUAUCACUGAAGAUUCAGAAGCUCACGACAAAGAUGAAGAACCCUCAGAUCAACAUAAAGAUGAUUCUGAUGCACCUAUGGAAGCAACCCAGGAAACACCAAACGACGCUUCAUUUGAAGCAGAAAACAGUAAAGAGGAUGAUCCCGACUAUUGUGAAGACGAAUGCAACGGCAAAGAAGUGGAUGACACUUCAGAAUUAGUAGCUCCCGAUCCAGAGAAGGACAAAGACGGGAACGAUUAGAUCUAAAACAUGUCUUUAUUAAUUCUUACAAUAUUUCUCUGUUUUAUCAAAGAAAAACGAUUAUUAAGUUUACUUCCUUUAAUCGCAGCGCAUGAAAUAAUUCGCUGCGCAUUUACACUAUUAUUAUAAUCUUCAGUUUAAACAAGAAAAAGAAGGGAAAAAAAAUAUUAUUCUGUGAUUUCGGCGAUGUAUUAAGAAAA